UACCGGUGACAGGCUGCGCUCAGAAAUGAGCGCAAUGACAUAAACGAAGCACAGGAACUAUUCAAGUCAAACACAAAACCUGCCCUUUUGAGCUAAUUCAAGAUGGUUUUAGAAACUAUUUCUAAGAUAAUAAAAGUCCAACUUCCAGCUUACCUCAAGAGGCUUCCGCUUCCGGAGACGAUUGGUGGAUUUGCACGAUUAACAGUGUCCGAGUGGCUGCGGUUGCUGCCUCUCCUGGGUAUCUUGGCUUUGCUGGGCUAUCUGACCAUUCGCCCAUUCCUGCCUAAAAAGAAGAAGCAGAGAGACAGCCUGAUCAACCUGAAGAUCCAGAAAGAGAACCCCAAAGUGGUCAAUGAGAUAGACAUCGAGGACCUGAACAGCGCAAACGUGUGCUACUGUCGCUGUUGGCGCUCCAAAACUUUUCCUGUUUGUGACAAGUCACACUUAAAGCACAAUGAGCUGACUGGAGACAACGUGGGACCGCUCAUACUCAAAAAGAAGAUACUAUAAUCGACCACUGAUGGGAGUUUUCCUCUCACCUCCCCAGUCUUUUGAGUUUUCAUUUCUUAACCAUUUUGUCUAUUUUUUUUUUUUAAAGUGUUGGUGAAAUAUGGGUCAGAAAUGUGGAGACUUUAUUUGAAGUGGUCCUAAUUUGGUGACACACACGUAAAAAUACAAAUUUCUGCAAAAAGGGUUCUUGCAAUGAGGAAUGUUUUGCUUCUUAUUUUGUUGUGCCCGUUGUUAACUGUUCAGUUGUCGUUGUUUGCAGUAGUUUACCGGCUAACAGAAGAGUCCUUUUAUAUUACUGUAAGUACAAUUUUAGUCAUGUCUCAGUCUUUUUAGAAACAUUCACAAAUUAUUGGGACCACUUUGAGGAGAAAACUUGAAACAUAAUUGCAGUGACUUUAUAAUAGCUUUCAAUGAUCUAAACUCAUCAGGGGCAUUUUUUCCCCCAGUUAAAUAGUUGAAGGUUAUUAGUAGUAGUUGAAUGAAAUACUUAAUACUUGUCCAACAUGUAAUCAGCAGUUUGUUUAAACAUUUUGUACUGUAUGCCUUCACUCUGUGGUAUUAUUUCUCCUUUCUCCUUUCUCUGUGUGCCAAACGUUAACAUACUUUUCAGGAUGUGAAAUAUUUCCUUAUAAGUUAUUGUGUGUAUGAGAGGCUACUUAUUAUUCUUCACAUGUAUUUUGUUCACAGCCUUCAAAUGAUAGAAUUUGAGUUUUACAAUAUUUUGUAUUAAACUUCGUUGCCCUCAAGCAUUUCAAACCACUGCACAGUUGAGUAAUAACCUCACUGCCUUAUUAAGGUUUCAGAGAGUAACUUCUGCAUUGUACAACUUUUGCUCUGUAUUUUACUUUCUAGCUUCUGUGUUGUCAGAAUGGCUGUAAAUAGUUGACUUAAUUCAUUAGCAAUAUUUUAUACAUAAAUGGUUUAUGCGGUCAGAUCUGUA